AUGAACGAAAGGUCAGGAUCCCAGCCGGAACUCUGGCAGCUGGCUAAAAAUAGUAGUGGAUACAGAGAGCUACUAUUGGGAACUAGCAAGUUAGCAACAGUUCUUUGUACGAAUUUACAUUUAUCACCAGGAACCACUCUGACUUCGUAUCAUUAUAUAUACAGGUUCUGGUCAAAGUUUGAUAUCCUUGAAACUGACCGUAAAUUUAUUGCAGCUGCAGCUGUUCUCUUAUCUUGGAAAGUUAGAGAAGAUAUAGAACCAACUCGAAGCUCUAGAAAACUUUCGGAAUUGUCCAGAUUUCUAUAUAGAAUUACUAAAGCUAAUUCGCUUUCCCAAUUGUCCAACCCUCCGAUACCUCUCGAGCUCUCUUCAAGCUUUUGGAUAUAUAAGGAUUCAGGGAAGGAGUAUACUCACUAUAUGGAGCAGAUUAAGACCUAUGAAUUUGCACUUCUUAGAGCGAUCAAUUUUGAUCUAGUACCAAUUGAACUGCCAUUUUCACAUAUUGAAAGAUUGACAAGAAUCCUACUUUAUUCCCCAAGGAUCAACGAGCAUAUUGAAGAAGGUGAGGAGGGAGAGGAGGAGGAAAAAGAAUAUGAAUCUUUGAAGAUGUUUAGACUACUUGCUUCAUCCAUAAGUUUGGAUUUUUAUAGACUCCCAAACGUAUGUAUGCAAUACAACGCUUUAGAAGUCUCAUUAUGUUCAGUAUGGUAUGCUGGAAUUUUUCUUUCUAUGUCAUUUGCCUAUGAAGAUGCUUCAGGAUUCAAUUCUUGGAUUUCGAAAAUAUGUCCAGAAAUCAAUACGGAACGUGUUGUUCAAUGCAUGGACGAGUGUUCAAAGGUCCUUUUAUGGUUAAUUAAUAGUGAUUCCGCUUAG